UUUUCCGCAAAUAAGCGACACGUCUGUUAAUCAGUGUAAAGAGGAAUUUCGUCUUUUACAAUCUCUAAUCUGCCGUUUUUACCGCUAUGAGACGAGCCCAUGUUCCUUCAGAUUAUCACGGAAAUAUGGCGCAGAGAACUGAUCAUGAAAUGCUGGAAGAAGAGAACGAUAAAAUGGUCGAUCAUCUCUCAAGCAAAGUUCAAGCACUGAAAUCGCUUACAAUAGACAUUGGAAAUGAAGUGAAAUAUCAGAAUAAAAUGCUGAAAGAAAUGGAUACAGAUUUUGACUCUGGAGGCUCACUAUUAUCAUCAACCAUGAACAGGUUAACAGCACUGACAAAAAAAGGUCACCACAGAGUCAUGCUCUAUCUGAUUUUAUUUUGCCUUCUUGUUUUCUUUGUAACCUGGUAUAUUAUCAAAAGAAGAUGAAUGCUAAUGAAUAUGUAUAUUAGAGUUCAAAUUGUAAAUAAAAUGUCUAUUCUUAUA